AUGAUUCGCAUCACCACUUUCAAGGUUCCCCUUAUCGCCGUUUUCGUGCUCGCCCUCUUCUCGUUCCUCUGCCUCGGCCCGUAUAGAGAGACUUCAGGACACCUAGCAUCAAAAGCGACGCUCUGGAAGUCUCGAGAUCCUCCAAACCCGGCCCUGCUCAAGGGACACGCUAUUGCGCCAAAGUUAGGCAACGCGACGGCCAAGGCAGAGCUGGGUCGCGCCGCAUGGAAAGUCCUACACACGACAUUUGGUCGCUUUCCUGAAAAGCCCACAGAAGAGGAGCAGGAAGCGCUACGGUCAUACGUAUACCUGUUCCAGCGACUGUAUCCUUGUGGGGACUGCGCCGAACACUUUGGACAAGUCCUUGCCAAAUACCCUCCUCAAGUAUCGUCGCGAACGGCAGCCGCCAUGUGGGGUUGCUAUGUACACAACAUUGUAAACAAAAGGUUGAAAAAGCCUGAAUUCGACUGCAAGAACAUUGGGGAUGCAUACGAUUGUGGCUGCGGCGAGGACGAACCGGAAGCAUCGGCUCAGAGUCCAGCUGCAUGA